AUGGGUCCUGAUGUAAUGGUGUUCUGUCGCUGGCAUUUUUACAUCAACUACAUGAGCCCCAGCAUCCAGCCCCCACCAUCCAGCUCCCUACCAUCCACCAUCCACCACCAGCCCCUAGCAUCCAGCUCCCCAGCACUCCAGCUCCCCACCAUCCACCAUCCACCACCAGCCCCCAGCAUCCAGCCCCCAGCAUCCAGCUCCCCAGCAUCCACCACUAGCUCCCUGUGCAUCCAGCUCCCCUCAGCAUCCAGCUCCCUAGCAUCCAGCUCCCCACCAUCCAGCCUCCCACCAUCCACCAUCCACCAUCCACCACCAGCCCCCUCAGCAUCCAGCUCCCCAGUAUUCAGCUCCCCACCAUCCACUCAUCCACCAUCCACCACCAGCCCCCAGCAUCCAGCUCCCCAGCACUCCAGCACACCCACCAUCCACCAUCCACCACUCAGCCCCAGCAUCCAGCUCCCCAGCAUCCAGCGCCCCAGUAUUCAGCUCCCACCAUCCACCAUCCACCAUCCACCAUCCACCACCAGCUCCCUGUGCAUCCAGCUCCCCAGCACUCCAGCUCCCUCUACCAUCCACCAUCCACCAUCCACCACUCCAGCUCCUCAGUCAGCAUCCAGCUCCCUACCCCUAGCAUCCAGCUCCCCAGCACUCCAGCUCCCCACCAUCCACGAUCCACCACUCAGCUCCCAGCAUCCAGCUCCCCAGCAUCCAGCCUCCCCAGCAUCCAGCCCCCAGCAUCCACCACCAGCUCUUAGUGCAUCCAGCCCCCCCAGCAUCCAGCUCCUGCAUCCAGCUCCCCACCAUCCACCAUCCACCAUCCACCAUCCACCCCUCAGCAUCCAGUCCCUAGCAUCCAGCUCCCCAGCAUCCAGCCCCCAGCAUCCACCACCACCAGCCUCUACAGCAUCCAGCCACCACAUCCAGCCCCCACACCAUCCAGCCCCCACCAUCCACCAUCCACCAUCCACCACUAGCCUCCCCAGCAUCCAGCUCCCCAGUAUUCAGCUCCCCACCAUCCACCAUCCACCACCAGCCCCCAGCAUCCAGCUCCCCAGCACCCAGCACCCCACCAUCCACCAUCCACCACCAGUUUCCCCAGCAUCCAGCUCCCCAGCAUCCAGCCCCCAGCAUCCAGCUCCCCAGCACUCCAGCUGCCCCUACCAUCCACCAUCCACCAUCCACCACCAGCUCCCUAGCAUCCAGCCCCCCAGCAUCCAGCGCCCCCAGCAUCCAGCUCCCUCAGCAUCCACCACCAGCCUCCUCAGCAUCCAGCCCCUACCAUCCAGCUCCCCACCAUCCAGCUCCCCACUAUCCACUAUCCACCACCAGCUCUCUGUGCCCUCAGUGCACCCAGCACUCACCUGCACUCCACCACCAGCCCCAGCACUCCAGCACCUACCAUCCACCAUCCACCAUCCACCACCAGCCUCCCAGCACUCCAGCACCUGUAGCACUCCACCAUCCACUCAUCCACCACCAGUACCCAGCACCCAGCACCAGCACUCCAGCACCCAGCACUCCAGCACUCCAGCACUCCACUAUCCACCAUCCACCAUCCACUACCAGCCCCUCAGCAUCCAGCUCCCCAGCAUCCAGCACUCCAGCAUCCAGCCUCCAGCAUCCAGCAUCCAGCACCCCAGUGCACUCCAGCACCCAGCACUCUAG